CUGGGUAAAGGGAAGCUUCCUCCACCUGAUCUCUACCACCACAUUGUUGAGGACUUUCUCACUGAUUGGACGCAGCGAACGAAUCAUGUAAUUCUAGUGCGGCGUUUCUUUGAGGCAGUGUUUGGAGCAGACUUGAGGAGUUUCUUUGCCCAGACAUGCUUCCAGUUGAUCCUUACCCAUGGAGACAACGUCCCUCUCUUCUGCCAGCAACACUAUCUACAAGGUCACAGCGUGUCCACUGGAGACGAGACCAUCACGUUUGGUCCACCAGAACUGUUCCUGGAUGCAGUUCUCGCUCACUAGUCACUAAAACUAACAUUUACAUCUAGACACUCUAGACAGAUUCCUACAAUACAUGUCUUUUUACACAGUAUUGUACAGUAUACAGUACAUCAU